GAGGAAUGGAGGAGAAUAAUGAAAUGUUUUCUUCUUACCUGACCCCCUCCCCCCAUCCGCUUGAGGGUUCCUGAGGAGGUCGAUGUGAAAGCAUUUUUUUUUUCUCGUAAAACAUCAGGUUAUUGGUUUCUCCACUGUAGCGUUCAGUUGGAGUGUGUCUCGUGUGUGAGAGGAGAUUGUCUUCACAGUGUGUGUUGGAGAUUUCUCUGAUUUUGUCAGAGUCGACAUGGAUCAUCCGGAAAGAAGGCUGGCAGUGACUCUUCUCCUCUUCUCAUUCAUCUCUUUCUCCACUCAGAAAACCUCAAUCUCCUGGUGUGUAGUGUCGGAGGCAGAGGAACAGAAAUGUCUGGAUCUGGCCGGGAGUGCUAAGGCUCAGAAUAUCAGAGGAACGCUGCUGUGUGUCCGCGGCCAGAGUCCCACAGACUGUAUGGAGAAGAUCAAGAAUGGUACAGCGGAUGCAGCAACCAUGUUUGCUGAUGACAUCUACACAGCUGGCUGGUGCUAUGGACUAGAACUGGCUGCAGGAGAGUCUACCAACGGAGUGGAUGGUAUCAGCUACUAUGUUGUAGCUCUGGCUCGUCGCUCCUCCAGUGACCUGUCCCUGUUGGAGAUGCAUGAACGCAGCUCCUGUCACCCAGGGAUCCGUACUACGGUGGGCUGGACUGUUCCUAUUGGCUUCCUGGUCAACACCUCACAGAUCAGCGUAGAUGAACAAUGCAACUUCCCCAAAGCGGUGGGGGACUUCUUUGGCUACAGCUGUGUACCAGGAGUAAAGGACAGAGAACACGACCCCAGAGGAAACAACCCUAAGAACCUGUGUGAAGCCUGCAUAGGAGACGACAAUGAGAGACAUAUAUGUGUUAACAACCACCGAGAGAGACACUAUGGAGAGGCUGGGGCACUGAGGUGUGUGGCUGAGAAUUUGGGCGAUGUGGCAUUCGUCAAACACACCACAAUUUUUGACAACAUGGAUGGCAAGAAUAUGGAAUCAUGGGCCAUGGACCUGGAGCUGGAGGACCUGAAGCUGCUGUGCCCGGAUGGCAGCGAGGCCGGGCUGUUUGACCAUGAGACGUGUCACCUGGCUGUGGUGCCAGCUAACGCUGUGGUGGUACGCCUAGAGGACAAGUGUAGAGUCUGGAAAUACCUGGAACGCCUACAGAAUGUGUUUGGGAACACCACCAUGUACAGCUCAGUGGGCUACGCCCAAUCAGAUCUCCUGUUCUCUGACUCCACCCACCACCUGCUGAGGGUUCUGGGUAGUUACACUUCCUGGUUGGGUCCUACAUACACCACUGUCCUGCAGGCCUUCGAAUGUGAAAGUUUGUGCUGAUCCUUCUAGAAAGAAAUCAACCAGCAUCCAUCCUCCCUCCCUCCCUCCGUCCCUCCCUCCCUCCCUUCCCUUCCUUCCUUC